GGGUAGUCUGGGCCGGGCACCAAUAUGAUUCUAAAGCGGUGUCGAUCAAAUUUUAUCCCUCAGCAAAUGAUCCGGAAAUGUCAUAUGACAAAGAAUGUGUUGAUCUGUCAAAAGCAAAAUUUUGCGUACUUAGAAGCAGAGAUUUUCAUCAUUCUUGAGAGUACCUGUUAAAGAACCAGAGCAAAGAUGACAGUGGAGGAGGAUAAAGAGGACUUGUUUGUUGUCACUAAGAAAGAACAGAAUAGAAAAGUUGGUCUGCUUGUUGUUGGGAUUGUGUUUCUGUUGAUGAUAUUGGCGACAAUUAUUGGUGUUGCUGUAUAUGUGCUGACUGAUAGAUACAGUGCUGACGACCCACCUUCUGUUGAUUUACAGUGUAAAGCAAAGAAUGAUGCCUGUCUAUUUACCCUAGUGGAAAGUAUUCCUGAAAACUUGACAUACAAUGCAGGAGAACCGUCUCACCCGUCUACAUUCUCCGGGAUACAGGAGAUCAUAUCCAAGGCUGAGAACACAAUAGAGAUUGCAAGCUUCUACUGGACCAUGAGACCCAAUGAUCUCCCUGUCACCGAUCCUUCCUCAUGGCAAGGUGAGCAGAUAUUCAAGGACCUAGUGUUUGCUGGGAAAGAGAAAGGAAUAAAGAUAAGAAUAGUUCAAAGCUUUCAAAAGGAACCAGUUAAUGAUACAAUCUACCUUGCCAAAGAAGCUGGAGCAGAGGUACGCAGUUUAAACUUCGACAGACUUUUGCACAGUGGAAUACUUCAUACUAAAAUGUGGCUUGUUGAUAGGAGACAUUUCUACGUGGGAAGUGCUAAUCUUGACUGGAGGUCAUAUACACAGGUGAAAGAGAUGGGUUCAAUAAUACAGAAUUGUGACUGUCUGGCUGGUGAUAUAGGGAAAAUAUUUGAUGCCUACUGGUACCUGGCAACACCAGAGUCUAGCAUCCCGUCACCAUGGCCACCACAGUAUAAUACCAUGUACAAUAUUUCCAGUCCUAUGGUGGUCAACUUCAAUGGAACGAAAUACAAUACAUUUCUGUCUAGUUCACCGCCGCAAAUAUGUCCAAGUGGUCGGUCCCAGGAUGGGAAUACUAUUGUACAGAUCAUUAACAAUGCCACAAAAUAUGUCCAUAUAGCAGUAAUGGAUUACUUUCCAACCACCCAGUUCUCACAUCCACGUAUAUAUUGGCCUGACAUAGAUGAUGCGAUAAGAUCAGCAGCUUUCGAUAACCAUGUACAAGUACGCCUCCUCUUCAGUUAUUGGAACAAUACAUGGCCAGAAAUGUUCAUCUAUUUACACUCACUACAGUCACUUAAGUACUACUCUGAGUUUCUGAAGGUCAAUAUAGAAGUGAAAUUGUUUGUGGUCCCAGCAUUUACAGAAGCUCAGAAGAACAUUCCAUAUGCCAGAGUAAACCAUAAUAAGUAUAUGGUCACAGAUAAAACUGCUUAUAUAGGUACCUCUAACUGGUCUGGGGAUUACUUCAGGACAACUGGGGGUAUAGGACUGGCUAUUGAGGGGAGUAACCUAGGCAACCAGAGCGACAUCAGAAAACAGUUAGCCUCUGUAUUUGAAAGAGACUGGUACUCACAAUAUGCAUUCCCAUUAGACCAUUUCAACACCACACUAUCUCAAUCUAUAUAAAACCAGUCAGAAAAUGUAGAAAUUUCUGUGCUUUUUAAUGAGAGUAAUCAAACUAAUUAUACCCCUACAAAACGAAGUUUGGGCGGGGGGGUAUAUAGGAGUGAGCUUGUCGGUUGGUCGGUCCGUUGGUUUUGCAUGGUUUACGGAUGAUUACUCAUGAAAGGCUUGACCGAUUUAAAUAAUUUUUGGUACACAGGUGUAACAUCAGAAAAUACAGGUCAAGUUAGAAUUUGGGGUCAGUAGGUCAAAGGUCAAGGUCACAGUGACCCUGAACAGUUAAACAGUUUCCGGAUGAUAACUUGAGAACACUUGGGCCUAGGAUCAUAAAUUUUGGUACACAGGUGUAACAUCAUGAAAUGCAGGUCAAGUUCGACUUUGCGGUCUGUAGGUCAAUGGUCAAGGUCACAGUGACUCGGAACAGUUAAAUGGUUUCCGGAUGAUAACUUUAGAACGCUUGGGCCUAGGAUCAUAAAUUAUGGUACACAGAUGUAACAUCUUGAAGUGCAGGUCAAGUUUGACUUUGAGGUCUGUAGGUCAAAGGUCAAGGUCACAGUGACUCGGAACAGUUAAAUGGUUUCCGGAUGAUAACUUGAGAACGCUUGGGCCUAGGAUCAUAAAUUUUGGUACACUGGUAUAACAUCAUGAAAUACAGGUCAAGUUAUACUUUGAGGUAAGUAGGUCAAAGGUCAAGGUCAUAGUGACUCGGAACAGUUAAAUGGUUUCGGGAUGAUAACUUGAGAACGCUUAGGAUCAUAAAUUUUGGUACACAGGUGUAACAUCCUGAAAUACAGGUCAAGUUAUACUUUGAGGUCAGUAGGGCAAAGGUCAAGGUCACAGUGACUUGGAACAGUUUAAUGGUUUCCGGAUGAUAACUUGAGAAUGCUUGGGCCUAGGAUCAUGAAAAUUGAUAGGGAGGUUGGUUAUGACUAGCAGAUGACCCCUUAUGCUUUUGAGGUCAGUAGGUCACAGGUCAAGGUCACAGUGACCCGGAACAUUUAAACAGUUUUCGGACAAUAACUUGAGAAGGCUUGGGACUAGGAUCAGGAAACUUAAUCUGGAGGUUGGUCAUAUCAAGUAGAUGACCCAUAUUGAUUUUGAGUUUCAAAGGUCAAAGGUCAUUUAAACCUUCUAAGGACAAUAACUUGAGAACACUUGGGCAGAGGAUCAUGAAACUUCAUAGGGAGGUUGAUCAUGACUAGCAGAUGACCUCUAUUUAUUUUGUGGUCAGUAGGUCAAAGGUCAAGCAAGUUCGGCUUUGACAUUGGCUUAGUUCUGUGACAAGGCCAUAUUGUGGGGGUAUAAUUCGUCACUCCUGUGACAACUCUAGUUUUGAUUGUUCUCAAACAAUAUAAAUUACUCAGUUCAGUCUGAUUGGAAUGAAGAUUUUGACAAAGAUUUUGCAUAUUGUAAAUGGUGCUAUUUUUCAUGUUUCUUGUUUGUACAAAAUAUUUAUUUCAUUUUAAUAUUCAGUGUCAGUGCUAUACUAGUGAACAUACAUCUUGCAGUGACUAACUCAGGGUUAUAAAUGAUCUUUUUUCUAUGCUUGUCGUCAGGACUGUCGACUUAAAGGAGUUAUGUGUGACAGGAGACUGGUAGUUCUUAGGAAUAUAUUCUUUGAAUUCAAAUGUUUUUAUGGCCAGUUACAGAAUGAUGUCCUCACAGACAUGUCCUUAUAAUUAUGCAUUAAUGUUUGACAUAAAUGACACACGUAAUCAGAAAUUAAGUUAUUUGACAAUUUUGUAAUAGAUGGAAUAAAAAUUGUAAAAGUCUGAAUGCACUAGACCUUUUUGACUUCACUUGUCCGAGUUGAAAUCCACUAGUCUGGCACUAGCUUUAGUUUCAAACCCUGCACAUAGUCUCGCAUACCAGAAGUCUACUACAGCUCCUCUCUGCAAUAUGUUAAACCUGUGAUGACUGACACAGAAAUACUGGGAUUGUUUUUUUCUAAUAAUGACACACCAGGGAGAAGCUGAAGUAUAAAAUAUAAUUGUGUCUAUCUCCCCCCACCCCCAUUGGGGAAACAUAUUGUUUUUGCCCUAAACGUCUGUCCGUCACAUUACAUUUCCGAUCAAUAACGAGAACAAUUUGACCUAGAGCCAUCACAUUUCAUUUCUGAUCAGUAACAAGAACGAUUUGACCUAGAAUCUUCAAACUUCAUAAGAUGGCAGGGCUUAUGGAGUAGACAACCCCUAUUGUUUUUGGGAUCACUCCAUUAAAGGUCAAGGUCACAGGGGUCUGAACAUAUAAAACCAUUUCCAAUCGAUGAGAACCACUUGACCCAGAAUGUUGAACCUUCAUAGAAUGAUUGGACAUGCAGAGUAGAUGACCCCUAUUGAUUUUUGGGUCACUCUCCUAAAGGUUAAGGUCACAGGGGCCUGAACAUGGAAAACCAUUUCCGAUCAAUAACUUGAGAACCACUUGACCCAGAAUGUAGAAAAAUUUCAUAGGAUGAUUGGACAUGCAGAGUAGAUGAUACAUAUGGAUUUUCAGGUCACUCUAUUAAGGCUCAAGGUCACAGGGGCCAGAACAUGGAAAUCCAUUUCCGAACCAUUUGACCAAGAACCUUCAAACUUCAUAGUGAAAUAGGACUUACAGAGUAGAUGACCCCUAUCAUUUUUGGUGCUACUAGAUCAAAGGUCAAGGUCACAGGGGUCUUAACAUGGAAAACCGUUUCUGAUCAAUGACUUGAGAACCAUUUGACCCAGAACCAUAAAACUUCAUAGGAUGAUAGGACUUACAAAGUAGAUGACCCUUAUUGUUUUAGGGGUCAUUUGAGCAGAGGUCAAGCUCACAGGGGCUUGAACAUAGAAAACUAUUUCCCAUCAAUAACUUGAGAACUACUUGACCCAGAAUGUUUGAACUUUAUAGGAUGAUUGGACAUGCAGAGUAGAUGACCCCUAUUGAUUUGGGGUCACUUUGCUAAAGGUCAAGGUCACAGGGGCCAGAAUCAUUUCCAGUCCAUAACUUGAGAACCACUAGGCCCAGAAUGUUGAAACUUCAUAUGAUAAUUGGACAUGCCCAGUAGAUGAUCCCUACUGCAGCCAACCAUCAGUGUCUCUUCGACUUCCGCUCCUGUCCCCUAUUGACUUCUUGCCUAUUUCAACUAUGCAUUGGGGGAGACAUGCACUUUUCUACAAAAGCAUCUUCUAGUUAUUACAUGAAUUAUUAUACAUGCCUAUAUCGUGUGUCAACAUUUGAAACCCUCAUGGAAAAUAAGAGUUGCAUCUCUGUUUUAUUCUUUGAUGCUUGUCUUUAUGAGCUACCAUUGUUAAAUUGUUUAUUAUUAUUAUUGUCAUUAUCAUGAUUAUCUAUAAACAGGAUAUUACACAAGUGUCUUUUCGUAUUACAGUUUUAUUCAACAACUUAAAUAAACCCAGUGUGGAAAGACACAGAUGGAACGUUCUUUUUAUUAUAUGACAUUUCAUCUGUGUCUUUCCACACUGGGUACAUAUUAGCUUUUCCUACUGAAACAUCAAAAUGUUUUUAUUCUUUUUUUAUACGCCCAUUUGAAAAACGGGACGUAUUAUGGGAACGCCCCUGGCGUGUGGGCGGCAUCCACAGACUUUGUCCAGAGCAUAUCUUCUUCAUGCAUGGAGGGAUUUUAAUAAAACUUGGCACAAUUGUUCACCAUAAUGAGACCGGAGUGUCAUGUGCAAGAACCAGGUCCCUAGGUCUAAGGUCAAGGUCACACUUAGAGGUCAAGUUCAAGAAUGAUAUCUUCUUCAUGCAUGGAGGGAUUUUGGUGUAGCUUGGCACAAUUGUUCACCAUCAUCAGACGAAGUGUCAUGCACAAGAACCAGGUCCCUAGGUCUAAGGUCAAGGUCACACUUAGAGGCCAGAGGUCAGAUACAAGAAUGACUGUCCGGAGCAUUUCUUCUUCAUGCAUGGAGGGACUUUGAUGUAACUUGGCACAAUUGUACACCAUCAUGAGACAGAGUGUCAUGCACAGGUCCCUGCUUUAGAAUUACUUCCCUUUGUUGUUACUAUAAAGAGCUUAUAUUGUAACUUUUUCAUUACUACAUUACUAGUCGUAGGGAAAAAUCGAGACCACUUUUCUGUAGUACAACAUGGAUGUUACAUCCAAUUUUGAGGUGUAUUCUGACCUAUCUCAGUCUAGUAAGGGUUUUUGUAUGGACUUAUACUAAAAACAAUGUUAGCAUUUAAUCUCUAUUACACUAGUGCAAUUACAAAUUAUAUAAUGGCUUUAUCUCACUCAAAGAUAUCAAUCAUGUGAUAAAAUGUAUUUUUAAGCAUGUAAGAGUGAGUUCAGAAGUGCUAGAUGUGUAUGUGUGACAUGAUUUGUCAGCUUAUAUUUAUUGUAUGUGUGUGUGUUCAAUGUAUACAUCUGAAAUGUUUACCCUUAUUGCCCUGGACACGAUUAUUUCUACCUUUGCGAACAGUGUAGAUCCUGAUCAGCCUGCACAUCCAUGCAGUCUGAUCAUGAUCUGCACUGUUCGCCAUUCAGUCGGUAUCUUUUUUGGUAAGCACCCCUUUUACAGUUAAUAUUACUGUUGAAAUAUGAAGACAGAUAAUUUCAUUAUAGAAAUUUAGCAGGGUAAGAGUUAAGCCAGUAAAUCUUUCUUGUUUACGAUAUCAAUCAAAAGAACCAAGACAUCAAAAAUAAACAAAUUUAAUGAUAAGGACUUCUUGUUUGAACACAAUAACAUUAAAGAUAUUCUACACCUCACACUCAGCAAUUCUUAUAUAUAGCAAGAGAAUUUGUAAAGUUAUCUGUCAUUAAUGUAGACAGGCUCAUACCGUGAUAUCAUAUCAUGAACAUUGUGACUUGAAAAUUGAACAUGGAUAACUCACUCUUCAUAGAAUAGUCAGUUUAAGUUUCUUUAAAUGCAAAUAUUAACCCUUGGCCUGCUGGCAGCAAGUGAUUCUGCCUUUGCAACCAGUGCAGAUCAAGAUCUGUGCAGUCUGAUCAUGGUCUGCACUGUUUGCCAUUCAGUCAGUAACAUUUUGGUAAGCACCCCUUGUUAUGUUACAGUUAAUGGUACUGUUCAAGUUGAUAGACAAGUUCAUUAUAGAAAUCUAGCAGGUAAGGGUUAAGCAAAUCACUCAAAAACAGUCUCAAGAGCUGUCAGAAUUGUUCGAAUUAUCAAAGAUGUUGUUCUUCAUUAGAUAUUGUAAAUAAAAGUAAGAAUAAAACUGUUUAUUUACGUUAUAUAAAAGUACAUAUUGUCUGUAUUUUUAGCUCACCUGUCACAUUGUGACAAGGUGAGCUUUUGUGAUCACCCUUCGUCCGUCCUCAAUCCGUCCGUCCGUCAACAAUUUCUUGUCUGCAUGAUAGUGGUUUCAUUUAUGAUUUUAUUUUAACCAAACUUGCACACAACUUGUAUCACCAUAAGAUUUUGGUUCCUUUCUUGAACUUGCCAAAUCAUCCCAUUAUGGGUUCCAGAGUUACGGCCCCUGAAAAGGCCAGAAUUAGCUAUUUUGACCUUGUCUGCAAAAUAGCAGCUUUAUUUAUGAUUUGAAUUUAAUAAAACUUGCACAAAACUUGUAUCACCAUAAGAUCUCAGUUCCUUUCUUGAACCGGCCAGAUCCCAUAAUGGGUUCCAGAGUUAUGGCCCCUGAAAGGGCCAAAAUUAGCUAUUUUGACCUUGUCCGCAUAAUAGCAGCUUCAUUUAUGAUUUGAUUUGAACCAUACUUGCACACAACUUGUAUCACCACAAGAUCAUGGUUCUUUUCUUGAUCUGGCCAGAUUCCAUUAUGGGUUCCAGAGUUAUGGCCCCUGAUAGAGCCAGAAUUAGCUAUUUUGACCUUGUCUGCACAAUAGCAGCUUCAUUUAUGAUUUGAAUUUAACCAAAAUUGCACAAAACUUGUGUCACCAUAAGAUCUUGGUUCCUUUCUUGAACUGGCCAGAUCCCAUAAUGUGUUCCAGAGUUAUGUCCCUGAAAGGGCCAAAAUUAGCUAUUUUGACCUUGUCUGCACAAUAGCAGUUUCAUUUAUGAUUUGAUUUGAACCAAACUUGCACACAACUUGUAUCACCACAAGAUCUUGGGUCCUUUCUUGAACUGGCCAGAUUCCUUUAUGGGUUCCAGAGUUACGGCCCCUGAUAGGGCCAGAAUUAGCUAUUUUGACCUUGUCUGCACAAUAGCAGCUUCAUUUAUGAUUUGAAUUUAAUCAAACUUGCACAAAACUUGGGUCACCAUAAGACUCUUGGUUCCUUUCUUGAACUGGCCAGAUCCCAUAAUGGGUUCCAGAGUUAUGGCACCUAAAAGGGCCAAAAUUAGCUAUUUUGACCUUGUCUGCAUAAUAGCAGUUUCAUUUAUGAUUUGAUUUGAACCAAACUUGCACACAACUUGUAUCACCACAAGAUCUUGGGUCCUUUCUUGAACUGGCCAGAUUCCUUUAUGGGUUCCAGAGUUACAGCCCCUGAUAGGGCCAGAAUUAGCUAUUUUGACCUUGUCUGCACAAUAGCAGCUUCAUUUAUGAUUUGAAUUUAAUCAAACUUGCACAAAACUUGGGUCACCAUAAGACUCUUGGUUCCUUUCUUGAACUGGCCAGAUCCCAUAAUGGGUUCCAGAGUUAUGGCACCUAAAAGGGCCAAAAUUAGCUAUUUUGACCUUGUCUGCAUAAUAGCAGCUUCAUUUAUGAUUUGAUUUUAACCAAACUUGAACACAACUUGUAUCACCAUAAGAUCUUGAUUGCUUUUUAUACGCCCAAAGGGACUUAUGUUAUCGCCUCGAUGUCCGUCUGUAUGUCUGUCUGUUUGUUAGCAAUUUUCCUUCCGCCCUGUAACUCUUGAACCCCUUGAAGGAUUUCAAAGAAACCUGACACAAAUGUUCACCUCAUGGAAACGACGUGCAGAGGGCAUGUUUCGGAUGGCUCACUUCAAGGUCAAGGUCACACUUAGGGGUCAAAGGUCAUAUGACUUUGUUUUGUGUGUAUAUUGAAAAAGUGGCUGCUUGGGGGAGGGGCUCAUUUUCCAAUAUGGCUAUACAGAAAACUUUUAGUAUGAAACUACUGGCCUGAUUUGAAAAUAAUUUUAUUUGAAGUAACUUCAAGUAAAUUUCAACUUUAUUUUCUCAUAAUUCUUUUGAUUGAUCUUGAUUAUGAUUUUUUGACUUUCUUGUCCUUAAGUGCAAUGAUAACAGGUGAGCAAUAUAGGGCCAUUAUGGCCCUCUUGUAUAUAGAAAUGAUCUCUAUGUCAGAUGAUAUUGUAACACUGUGGAAAUUUAUUUUUAUUUUUCAGCUUAAUCAGAAUAUUGAGUUAGUUGAUCCUGUUUUUGAUAGAAUAAUGAUGUUUGGUGGUUGUAUCAGUUUUCGGGUUUAUUGCAGACAUGCAGAUUUCAAGUAAGUUUGCUUUUCACAAGUGCUGUAUGUAUUUGUUCAGCAGUUUCAGCACUUCAAAAUGUUUGACUGGUAUGGUAUGGAAAAUGAAAUGAGCUGUUGAUCCGGAAAAUUGAAUAUCUAGUCAUUUAAAACUAAUCUCAACCUUGUGCAUAAUUUCUUUUUCUCAGGAUUGUUUUUAUAUCAAGUGACCAUGACUCAACAAACCUGAUACUGUACUGUACGUAGUGUUAUUUUUUAGUGAAGCUAACAUUACAAGUGUUUAGGUCAUCAGUAAAAGGACUACUAUGUGGUCAAAGAGAAGUAGAUAAACCAUCCAUUUAGUGUAAAGUCUUGUAGUGUUGGUUCAUUGUUUGCAUGUCAAAUGUGGUUCUGUGACAACUUGUGUAUAAACCGUCUUACUUUUGCAUGAUCGUAGAAUAUGACUAAUAGGGUCUGAACUCAUGGUUAUACUGCAUCUCCGCGAUUCCAGCAGCUAUACAGGUUUUCAUUCCAUAUCUAAUAUUUUGUUGUAAAUAAGAUAUGGAACCAAACUUUUUAGUCAGGUUUUGUGCCAUGUAACAUAUAAUGUUUUGGUGUGCUGUAAAACCCAUUUCUGAAAGGUAAAAUGUCUUUUGCAGGUUUAACUUGAAUUGUGUUAAUCUGUAUUGCACAUCUGUAUUGAACAUUUGUAUUGCACAUUAACUACUAAUUUUUGUAGAUAUUGUAUUUUCAUUGAAUUAAAAUAUUUUUACACUUUU